AUGUCUCUACAGAAUGUUGACAUAAAGGAAAAUGAAAAAAUAGAUGAGGAUUUCAAGGCGAUCGGAAAUUUAUUGACGUGGCAAAAAUAUUUUUUGACUAUUGGAGGACUUUGGCCGAUGGAAAAGACAUACAUACGUGCUAGUGUUUGGACGGGGUAUCUAGGUCUACAUCUGAUAAUGGAGUAUACCGAACUUUUCACGCUUUUCGGUAAUUUUAAUUCUCUGGUGAUCAGUGUCCUUGAAUCAACUAUGCAGUCAAUGGUAUUCACGAAACUCAUUGUCUUUCGGCAUAGUAAGACGUUAUGUACACUGUUAGAAGCAAUGAAAGAGGAUUUCUCUGGAAAUAUGUAUGGAAAUCACGAGGAAAAAAGAUUGUACCUGAAAUUUCACGACUUAUCGAAAUGGUAUUAUAAACUUUCCGUGCCGUAUAUAAUGUGUGGGGCUAGUAUGUAUUAUUCGAGACCUUUGCUCACUUCUCUUCUUACUGGAGGUUUCGGCACCAACAAUUCUAUGUUUUUUCCCUUCCAAAUUAAGUUACCGUAUGCUGUACUUGAUAUGCAAACGUAUUUUAUGACAUACGCCUACUUGUCACCGAUGGUUUAUUUAUUGGCAUGUCAGAAUGCUUGGAUCUGUCUUCUCAUUACUACACAACUCCACAUCUGCGGACAACUGUCAAUUGUGGAGCACAGGAUAAGGACUAUGCCAUAUGCGAAUGAUGAUCAGGAGAGGAAUAUGAUCUUCAAAUCGGUGGUCGACCUGCACACGAGAUCAAUUUGGAUGGCCAAGUCGUUUGAUGACAGCUUUCAUUUCGUUUUACUAGUGGAUCUCGUCGUUAUGACUCUCAUGUUGGGUUUGAUGUCAUAUAUUGUCAUUAUCGGAGGAGAAAUGGAAGAGAGCGCCAUUGGUCCUUUGUACACCUUUUGUGGGCUUGCAACUCUUGGCUUGAUCUAUGGUUAUUGCAUCGUAGGAGAGGCUCUCAUAUCCGAGAGCAGUAAGAUUUACACCGCCUACGCUGAAUGUAUGUGGUAUGAGGCAUCAGCGAGUUUCAGAAAGGGAGUGAUGAUUUGCUUGCUCGAGUCUCAAGAACCACUUCGUAUGACAGCUGGGAAAUUCUUUGUCUUCUCAUUACCUGGUUUCACCAAUAUUCUCAAAACUGCAAUGGGAUAUCUCUCCAUGCUCAGGAAAGUUACAGAGUGA